AUGUCACCUCUGCUGCCGGUGUUGGCGCUGUUCAGCGUCUUCGUGCAGCUCGUGCAGGGCUACCAGGUCCUCGUCACGGACCAGGACGAGGUCCGCCAGGUGUGCAGCGGCAUGUACGGCAGCGGUGGAGCUCAAGAGCCAUACAUCGAGGUCCUCUUCUCGCCAUCAUCCCGAGGGCAGCUCGCCCUGGCCUUCUUCGAGUGGGAUGACGCGCAGUGGCUCGGUGUCGGUGCAGACGGCCAAGGUGGCAAGAACGAUUGGUCCGCCGACCGCAUCUACAUCUGCACGGUCGAGGCGCAAGCCGCCGGCCUGUGCACGACCGAGCAGCUCGGCCUCUUCCUCACGGCGCCGGGCACGCCCGCCGAGACGAGCAUCUCGACCUCGUCGGUCCGAUUCGACGCCGUCCCCUCGGCUUCCGGCGAGCGCCAGACGGCGCGAGGGCCGUUCCGGUACGACAUUGGUGGCACGGGCUACUACUGCGUCGCGACGGUGCCCCUCCUCCUCGAGGGCGCAACGAGGAACACGAGCUUCACGGGCGUCGUCGACUUUGAGAACGUCUUCAGCGGGCAUCUUCCGGCGGCCGAGUACCCCAAGGUGACGUUCUACAAGGUCCUGUUCUUCGUCUACCUCGGCACCGCCGUCGCGUGGUGCGCGCUGUGCUACGUGUACCGGCGCGACCUCUUGCCGCUUCAGCGCUACAUCACGGCCGUCGUCGGCCUCCUCGUCGUCGAACACCUGUUCACCUGGCUGUACUGGCGUUACCUGAACCAGACUGGCCACCCGGGCGUCGCCGGCGCCUACCUGUUCGUCGGGUCGACGCUCAACGCGGCGAGGAACAGCGUCAGCCUGUACCUGUUGACGAUCGCGAGCAUGGGCCUGAGCGUCGUGCGCCCGAGCCUCGGCAGCGCCAUGGCCAAGGUUCGCCUCCUCGCCAUCUUCCACUUUACCUUUGGCCUCUUGUACUCGGUCGGCUCGGCCACGAUCCCGUUGUCGUCGACCGUCUUCUUCGUCUUCUUCUUCGUCCUCCCGCUCUCGGUCACCCUCACCGUCUUCCUCAUGUGGGUCCUGUACUCGUUGAGCUCGACCAUCUCGGACCUCAACGCUCGCCGGCAAAAGUACAAGCGCACGAUGUUCGUCCGGCUCUACUACAUCCUCGUCGUCACCUCGACCCUCAUCCUCCUCUUCUUCGUCGCGUCGUCCAUCGCCUUCUCGUCGCGCCUGUCGCCGUCCUUCCCGGCGCGCACGUGGCAGACUCGCUGGCUCCUCCUCGACGGGUGGCUUUCGAUCCUGUUCGCCGCCGUCUUUUUCGCCGUCGCCUUCCUGUGGCGCCCGGUGGGCAGCAACCGGCGCCUGUCGCUCAGCGACGAGGUGCCGCUCGACGAGGCGGACGCCGAGAUGUACGACCUCGAGGACGAGCUCCUCGCCGACGAGGACCGCGACGACGACGACGACGACAGCGGCGGCGACGGCAAGAACUCGCACGCGAUGCGGCGCGUCAAGCGCGACUCGGUCGGCGAGGAGCGUCGCGACGGCGCCGUCUUCCACGUCGGGUCGGACGAUGACGACGACGACGACGACGACGACACGCGCUCGGCCGCCGACAGCACGCGCCACAGCAACGCGUGGCAGCGUCGCUCGCAGUCGGGCGAGCACGCUCGGCGCAGCAGCGACAGCGCGAGGCUGCUGCACGGCCGCGCGAGCGAGGACGACGACGAGGAGGAGGACCGCGACAUUACGAGCCAGCACGCGCUGCGAGGGGCGGGUGAGGCGCCGCCUGCGUACCCGGGCAAGAAGGACGAAGGCACGUACAAGGACGACUGAGGGCUGUGUGGUUCAUCGGCGGCGGCGUGUGUCGGGCAGUGCAAGGGUGCCUUUCCCCUCCUCGUCGA